AGCAGCACCGGCACCACAACAGACACCAGGCACUGCCAUGGAUCCAAGUGCACGGGAGCCCCUCGUGAGGAAAACGAGCUCCUCGUACCAGACCUUCCCCGAGAGCAGCAUCAGGAGGCUCGACAAGGAGUACCUGCGGAGCCUCCACAACAAGCGGCUCUACCUGGCCGUGUUUGCCGCUGUCCUGGGGAACUUCAGCUUCGGCUUCGCCCUGGUUUACCCCUCGCCCGUCAUCCCUGCCCUGGAGGCUCAUCCCAGCCCCGCGCUGAGGCUGGACCAGCACACGGCGCCCUGGUUCGGGUCGGUGUUCACGCUGGGAGCGGCGGCGGGGGGGCUCAGCACCAUGAUGCUCAACGACUGCCUGGGCCGCAAGCUCAGCAUCAUGUUCUCGGCGCUGCCCUCGGCCGUGGGAUACGCGCUGAUGGCCGGUGCCCAGGGCGUCUGGAUGCUGCUGCUGGGCCGGGUGCUGACGGGCUACGCCGGCGGGGUGACCUCCGCCUCCAUCCCGGUUUACAUCUCGGAGAUCUCCCACCCCGGGGUCAGGGGCAUGCUGGGUGCCUGCCCUCAGAUCAUGGCAGUGCUGGGCUCCCUCGUCCUGUAUGCCCUGGGGCUGGUCCUGGACUGGCGCUGGCUGGCCGUCGCCGGGGAGGUGCCGGUGCUUGUCAUGAUCAUCCUGCUCUGCUUCAUGCCCAACUCUCCCCGGUUCCUGCUGUCCCAGGGGAAGGAGGAGGAGGCCCUGGGAUCCCUGUGCUGGCUGCGAGGUGAAGACACAGACUAUGCCCGGGAAUACGAGCAGAUCAAGGACAGCGUGAGGAAGCAGAGCCGUCGUGUUUCCUGUGCUGAGAUCAAGGACCCCUUCCUUUACAAGCCCAUCCUGAUUGCGGGGGUGAUGAGGUUCCUGCAGCAGCUCUCGGGUGUCACCUGCAUCCUCGUGUACCUGCAGUCAAUAUUCAAGAAAACAUCCGUGAUCCUGAAACCAGAGUAUGAUGCAGCUCUUGUUGGCUUGGUACGUCUGUUCUCGGUGGCGAUCGCUGCCGUGUCGAUGGAUAAAGCUGGGAGGAAGAUUCUUCUCUUUGUAUCAGCUGGUGUCAUGUUGGCCUCCGACCUGACCAUGGGGAUCUACAUCCACUUCAUGCCAGCUUCUCACAACAGCACCACUGCCAACCAGACCCUGCUGAGCUCUGCCAGCCUUCCUGCUGAGCCAACCAACUACAUCACCCUCAUCCCCCUCCUGGCAACCAUGUUCUUCAUAAUGGGUUAUGCCUUGGGCUGGGGCCCCAUCACCUGGCUGCUGAUGUCGGAGAUCCUCCCUCUGAAAGCCCGAGGGGUGGCCUCGGGCCUCUGUGUCAUCGUGAGCUGGCUGACAGCCUUCACCCUGACCCAGUUCUUCCUGCCAGUCGUGAACGCCUUCGGCCUCGAGGUGCCCUUCCUGUUCUUCGCCGUCAUCAGUGCUGGGAACAUCUUAUUCACGGGCUGCUGCGUCCCCGAGACCAAGGGCAGGUCCCUGGAGCAGAUCGAGGCCUUCUUCAGGACUGGCCGGAGGUCGUUCAUGAGGUAGGAGCUGCCACCACCAGCCCGUGCCAGGCUGCCCGUCCACAGGCUCGAGGGCAAAGCAACCGUGGUGCUACUGGAGGUGGAGGCUGGAGCUCCCUGGGACAGUGCUGGGACAGGAAUGGGCAGCAACAAUCGUCUGGCUUUGGGUGCAGAAGGUGCCAGCUGGAACUUUACCUUCUCCUCCCGUCAUUCAACACUACCUGUUGCUCUCUGGGCAACGUGUCAAUCCAUGGUUGGGGCCGAGGAACCAGUGCCAGGCUGGAGGUAAAGGUGUCUUGGAAAAUAAAGGCGAGGCUGCAGACAGGAGAGCACGGACAUCCUUUGCUCAGCAGCCACCAAAGCAGCCCGAGAGCCUGAGGGGUUUGGCUGGAGCAGAGUUAACAGCUGGAGCCGUUCUGGCAAAAGCUCGUCGUGUAGUUGCAAGAAUAAAACAGU